AUGGCUGUUGAAAGCGGCCGUUCCAGAUUUUACUUUUAUAAUACCAUGACAUGCCUUUUAAAAGCAUUAGAAGGCAAGACUAUUACAGUCGAAAUCAGGAAUGACAAAACAGUCACCGGACACUUGUACUUUGUGGAGCGAGAUAUGAACUUGAGCAUGACCAAUGUUGUCUAUUCUGAUACCAAAGGUAAAAAAAGUUCAUUCUCAGAGUUCUACAUCCGGGGAAGACAGAUUCGUUUUGUUAUAAUACCAGAUGAAGUGGACAUUAUCAAAGCCAUGCAGUGGCAAAUAGACAAAGGCGAAUAUUACAAAGGGAAGGAGAGAAGUGUGAUGCAGCAGAAUUUUCAGAGAAAGCAAAACAGACAGGCCAAUCAAGCAGCUAAACAAUACAGACAAAGUCAGAAAAAGUUGUAA